GUUAGUACUAAGUUGGUUAGAAUUUCGGUUCCUAAUCUUGAAAUUUCGACAAGUUGUGCGAAAAUGACACAGAAACCGAUCCAGCUCAAUGAUGUGCCCACGGUCCGCAUCCUUAUGUUGGGCGAUAAAGGUGUGGGCAAGACGAGCGUGACCAAUUUGAUGGCCUGCACAGUUGAUACGCCAACGGUCGCCUCUAGAUCUGUGAGCCAUCCCUAUUAUAACAUCCAGGUACGGCUGCACGAGUAUCCCAACACGGCGGAAUUGCCGCCAACGCCCACCUGGACAUCGCACUCCUCGUCGGAGUAUCUGGAUAAAACAGAGUUCCCCCGGCGCAUGCCACUCACAUCCGAUAUCCUGUAUUUCGUGGAAUUCAUCGAUAUGAAUAGCCCAUGUAGCAUGCAGCGCUUACAACGUAGGGCCAUGUUCCAGAAGAUCGAUGGCAUUGUCCUGGUGUACAAUCUGCAGGAUCCCCGUUCGCAGGACAACCUGCACGACUAUCUAUACGAGCCGUUGCGUCAGAUUUGCAAGCGUCGCCACGGACGACGUCAUUCGAUCUUGAAGACCAAUCACGUGCCCAUUGUGGUGGUGGCCACCAGGCUGGACAAGUUGAUACACCUACCGCUGCGUCGCUGUAGCAUUGCCCAGCAGUUGAACGCCGAGGAGAUUCUGGUGAAUGGACAGGAUCCCAAGAGUUUUGCGGACAAGAGCAACAAUCACAACAAGCUGUGCGGCUUCCUUAAUCGCGUGGUUGAAUUCAAGGAGCGUAAACCAAACGCGCAACCAAGUCCUUUUUGAAACUUGAAUACUUUAUAUAUAUUUUAUAGAU